AUGGAUGAAAUAGAGAUUCCUGAAUAUUUUCUAUGCCCCAUUUCAUUAGAAAUCCUGAAAGAUCCUGUUACAACAAUAACAGGCAUCACAUACGAGCGAGAAAGUAUAGAGCACUGGUUGAAGACAGCCAAAAGCAACCCUACUUGCCCGGUAACAAAGCAGUCUUUGCCGAAAGAUUCUGAGUUGACACCAAAUCACACAUUAAGGAGGCUAAUUCAAUCAUGGUGCACCACGAAUGCUAUAAAUGAUGUCGAUCGAAUUCCCACCCCAAAAUCUCCUGUCAAGAAGAGCCAAAUCCUUAGACUUAUGAAGGAUCUUGAUGCAACUGAUCAUCACUUGUCUACAAAAGCAUUAACGAGAAUGGAAGCCCUGGCCAAAGAGGACGAAAGGAAUAGGACUUGCAUGGUGGAAGCUGGUGUGGCAAAAGCUAUGGUUCUUUUCAUCGUAAGAUGUUUCAAAGAAGAAAAGACUACCGGUCUUGAAGAAGGUUUGAGAAUUCUUUAUCUUAUUUGGAACCCAUCACAAGAAACAUUCAAGCUUCUUGUUAGGGAGAACCAAGAUUUCAUCGAUUCAUUGACAUGGAUCUUACGUUGUGAGAUGCAUAAUCACGUAGCUGUGAAGACUCAUGCAAUGCUAGUAUUGCAAAAAACAAUGGAAAUUGGAUGUCAAAAGCUAUUGGAGGGAUUAAAGGUCGAUUUCUUCAAAGAUAUCAUCACAAGGGUGCUUAGGAAGAGAAUCUCUAAACUUGGCAUAAAGUCAGCCUUCCAUGUUCUCACAGAAGUGUGUCCUUGGGGGAGAAACAGAAUGAAAAUUGUUGAAGCAAAUGGUGUUUUCGAGCUCAUUGAACUUGAACUAGAAAAACCAGAGAAGAUAAUCACAGAACUCAUUUUUAAUCUCUUGGCUCAAUUAUGCUCUUGUGCAGAUGGCAGAGAACAGUUUCUAAAGCACGCGGGAAGCAUUGCCAUGCUCUCAAAAAGGGUCCUUAGGGUUUCUACAGCAACAGAUGAUCGAGCAUUGCACAUACUGGAUUCAAUCUCAAAAUUUUCUGCUAGAGAUGAAGCUGUUCUAGAGAUGUUGAGGGUUGGUGCUGUGUCAAAACUUUGCAUGGUUAUCCAAGCAGACUGUGCUCCUUAUUUGAAAAAGAAAGCAAGAGGGAUCCUUAGGUUGCACUCUAAUUUGUGGAACAAUUCUCCUUGCAUAGCUGUAUAUUUGUUAACCAGGUACCCUGGUAAUUAA